AUGUCUGGUGAAAUGUGCUUGCCUACCCUUGAUUUUCAAGAUUGCAGAUUCUUACGAAAUCCAGAAAUCAAAAAUCUCCUUGUUGAGACAAUCAACACAGAGCUAAAUGAAUACUUCAUACUUUUUGAAAUUCCGGAAACGUCAAUUCUUUGCUCCGAAAUUCCUUUCAUUAUCUCGGAAAAACUCACUGAUCCAAUAAAUGUUGUAGUUAUCUUUGCAUAUCAUAGAAAUCCUAAUGCUGCAAUUCGAGGUGUCGUAUACUUCUAUCUCAAAGUUUCGAGCGUUGAAAACUUUGGCACAUUGAUGGAUAUGUUUUCAACAAACAGAUUUUCAAAUUGUACACAAAAAAUUCAAAUUGUUAAAUAUUUUGCUCGCGCAAUACACGUAUAUUCUUUCAAUGAUUAUCUUUUAUUGCCAGUUAGAUAUCUUUAUACGUAUUUCAAAGAAAUUGAUCAAAUUCGUCCUAGAGAUAAAUUGUUUUAUUCUUUCAAAAAAGUACAUCUCAGAGAAGAGUAUUUUGAUCUAAUAUCUUUGUUAUCUAAGAAUACGGACGAAUCUGAAACCAUUCAAACAUUUGUACAAGUUUGUCGUGGUCUAGAAACACCAACGAGGAUCGCACUUUCGCGUUUUUGGGAGAGGGUAUGUAAUUACGCAAAAAUGGUUCUCAUCUCAAUCAAACAAAAAUUUACUUUCCAUAAAAACUAUAAACCAUUUAAAGAUCAUAAUGACUAA